AUGGAUUGGUACAACCAGAAGAGCAAAGGCAGCGGACAGCUGCUGCCAUCCACCCUCACCCUCACUCUCUUGGGUGUCCUCAUCUCCACUGCCCCCCUCCCUCCAACAGCCUCCACCAAAAUCCUCUCGCCAUCCUCCUCUGAAAACAACGGUCCCUCCUCCCCACACCAGCAGUGCAUCACACUCCCAGUCAACCCUGACACCUCUGUCCUCUUCCCGUCCCACUACUGCUACUUCAUGCUUCACAUCUACCAUCCCUCCCUUCCUUUCAACCUCCCCACGUCCACCUCCUCGUUCCAACGAUACAAUAUCUCCCUGGACACUUCACCCUACAGAGGUGUGGCCACACCUGCCAAGGUGCCUGGUCAAUUCCUGUCUUUGUUCUAUACUGACCGUCUCGGCCUCUAUCCCCGGGUGGACCUGCCUUCCAGGCAGCAGUUCUACGGAGGCAUCCCCCAGAGAGGCAACCUCCGGGCCAGUUUGGCCAAGGCCCAUGCUGACAUCAACUAUUAUAUCCCGUCCAGGACAGCCCGUGGCUUGGCUGUGAUUGACUGGGAAGACUGGCGCCCCCUUUGGACUAGAAACUGGGGCCCUAAGUUCAUCUAUAGGACCCUGUCGUUAGCCCACGCCCGCUACAGGGACAGCUCCCUCAUAGCCCAGCAAGCCACUGCUGCAGCCAAGGAGCAUUUCCAGGCUGCAGCCCGCAGCUACAUGGCAGAGACCCUGUCCUUGGGUGCACGGCUCAGACCCAACUACCUGUGGGGAUUCUACCUGUUCCCCAACUGUUACAACUAUGGAUGGACGGAGCCAGGUUACACGGGAAGGUGUUCCAGGGAGGUGAUGGAGCAGAAUGACCAACUGCUCUGGCUAUGGGAGGCUAGUUCCGCACUCUACCCCUCAAUUUAUCUGCAGGCAUCUCUAGGUGACCGGCACAGUGCCGCCCUGCUGUCGAGGAACCGUGUGCAGGAGGCCCUGAGGGUGUCGGCCCUGCCUGCCCGGCCUGUCACCGCACCUAUCUAUGUGUACACGCGGCCCGUAUUCAUCGACCAGAACCGACGCUUCCUCAGCCUGGGGGACUUGGUUAACACUAUUGGAGAAAGUGCAGCUGUGGGGGCCUCAGGAGCCGUUCUGUGGGGGGCCAGUGCCGACUACAAUGACAAGGGGUCAUGUGAGGCUCUUUCCUCGUACCUCGCCACCACGCUCAACCCGUACGUCGCCAACGUGACAACGGCCGCCCAGCUCUGCAGCGACUUCCUGUGUCAAGGGAACGGGCGCUGUGUCCGCAAGCACUAUGAGUCAGACCACUACCUCCACCUGUCCUCAGAGAACUUCCGUAUCGUCCGAGCCAGGGGCAGGUACAUGGCUUUGGGCAUGCUAAGUCUGGCUGACCUGACCACCUUUGCCAGGGGGUUCACCUGUCAAUGCUAUACAGGACAGACAUGCCACCCCAAGCUUCCCACACAACUGUCUAAAGCAUUGCUGUUCAGACUGAAGAAGCAUUUGGGUCUUUCCAACAAGACAAAGACAUUACAUAAAGUAACAGCUGAUAUGGAACAAUCAACUGUUGAGUAG